AUGGAGGGAAGCAUGAGGUGGAAGGCGUCCGUCGGCCAUCGGCGGAUUUUCUGCGUCGCCCUUGCACUCUUUGUAGCCCUGUUGCUGGCGCAUGAAGGUGCCGCCGAAGUGUUCUUCCCGUCCAAAUGCGAGUCCAUCUGUUCCAAGGAGGAUGAAUACGAGGACCAUUUGCCGGAGCAUCCAGACCCCAACGACGACAACAGGGCCCACCAAUGGUCCGUAGUUCUGCUGAACCAGAUUCGUGACAAUCAGAAUGAUUUGAGCCCUCCUGGUGUUUCUCGUGCUCUGGGCGUCUUCAGUGCGUGCCUCCAUGAUGCAGUUGCUGCUCACAGUGAAGAUAUGGAGCCAGCCUACGCCUUCAAAGCCGUUACGCGCGACCCAGAUGCCAACCCCAGCUUGAUGAUAGAUGGCGCCGCUUACCACGCAAUAGGUGCAAUGUUCCAUGGAAAGCCUUCCAUGCAAAAGGUGUACCAGUUCAUGUAUGAAGCAUCUGGAAAACGGGUAUCGGCUUUCGAGCUGUCAGAUGACCUGGUUUUCCAGUCGUUGGGGUUCAUUGAGGAUCCAGAGUUUAGAUCAUUCACAUAUGGGAAGCAGGCCUGUGGGGAGGUCCUCACAGCUUUCACAAAGGAUGGAUUCGAUGCUGUCGGAAAUCCAGCAAAAGAAUUCAAGCUGACCUAUGAGCCUGUGAACAAGGCCCAAGAGAAGCCUGGCAUCACAAACUGUGCUGAAGAGAUGAAAUCUCUUGAUCAUUGGCAGCCGCUGUGUGUGCCUGAUAAGUUCUUGUCCAAGCAGUGCACGGUUCAGGAGUUGCUGGGAGGUCUUGCACCAGAAAUGAAUACUUUUGCCAUUUCAGACACUGCUGACUACAUGCCUGAGGGACCACAACCACUCUUUGAGGAUGGGCAGGAGUCAGAAUGGAGAAAGCAGGCUGCUGAAGUUCUCAAGUACUCUGCUGAGCUCAAUGACACAUCCAAGUUGACAGCUGAGCACUGGGCAGAUGGCCCAGAUUCCACUUUUCCACCAGGUCAUUGGUUCAGGAUUGCUAUGGGGGCUGCAAAGAAACAGAACCUAGAUCUCAAAGAGACUUUGAAGGUCUUGUUCCUGGUGGGCACUGCUUUGAAUGACGCCGGCGUGGUGAGCUGGGCUGCCAAGGUCAGCUUCGACUCUGUGCGGCCCCUGCAAAUGAUACAAUGCGGAUCGGCAGGAGAGGUUGUUGAGGCCUGGAAGGGUCCAUACCUGGGCGUUGGCAAGGUGGAAGCGUCUUCAUGGCAGCCUUACCAAGCAACGACAUUUGUUACUCCUCCCUUUCCAGGAUAUGUGAGCGGCCAUUCCACCUUCAGUGCUGCGGGUGCUGCCGUACUAAGAGACUACUUUGGGGGCGAUUCGUACUUGGCGCCCAAGUGCAGGAGGAUUGCUGAAGGCAGCAGCCUGUUCGAGGGGAAGAUUGUGAAAGGCCAGGAUGGUUAUGUCAAAAACCUGACAGACAAGCCGAACACGGGAAGCAAAACAACAGGUUACGUUCCUGCACAGGAUGUUGUCCUCUGCUGGGAGACGUUUGAGGAGGGCGCUGAAGAUGCAGGGAUUUCAAGACUUCAUGGGGGCAUCCACAUAAUUGCUGACCACAUUGAGGGCAAGAAAAUGGGACAUAAGGUUGCCAGCAGCGUCUAUGAGAAAGCCUCGGCCUUGUGGAACAAUGGGCAGUGA